AUGGCACCGCAAUCUCAGGAUACACGGUCACCGGAACUCCCAAGUGUGGUGACAUUAGCCGAUGCUACUGUAGGCACUGUUACGCUUUCAGCCACAGUGGAUUAUGAAGUUAACAAUGUAUUGGUUCUUGUACUCGAAGCCACAGAUGGCACUUUAACCGCUACUGUUUCAGUGCAAAUUGGAGAUGUCGGCCCUUUUACAACAACAACAAAAGAGCUAUGCGUAGAGGAUGGUUUAGGUCCAGGUAAAUCGGUUGGUGACAUUUCUGCUACCGGUGUCGACACUUACGCGACAACUGAUACCGACUUUGAUGUUGGUUCAACAGAUGGAGCUGUGACAACGGCUUCCGGGACUACCAUCGACAAGGCCACAAAAGACGAGUACACGGUCGCCAUUAAGGGCACUGACGCAAACGGUGAAAGCAACAUCCUAACACUGACGGUGAAAGUAGGUGACUGCAGCGGGAAGGAAAAGAUGGCUGCCGCUCUCGGAAGCCUUCUGUUGUCUCUUCUUGCGUUUACCAUUCUUUCUCUGUAAAAUACUUUAAUAAUUUUAGUUAGUGUGCCCUUAUCGAUUCUCGGAUUGUUUAUGUAUAUGUAUCAUGGAUUUUACCCAAGUGGCCAAGACUGUGUAUAUCAAAGUGACACAUUUUUCGACGCUUAAUAUUUUAAAUGCCUUAUUUUGGUAUAAGUAUAUAAGUAUAUUUUCGAAAGUGUUACGAACGUUUUUAUGAAAAAUACUAUUUUCUGUCGCAUUCAAAGAUAAUAAUAACAAAAUAGAUAUAUUUUGAACUUUCAAUGAUUAUCUAUUUCAAAAAGGACAACUUCAUCGUAUUUAACACGAUACUAAUUUAGUUGAUGUUUGCCAACGUGUUUCUGGUAUAAUUACUAAUGAAGUUCAGGUUAAGUUACAUAUAAUUGAGUACAAUGCGAUUGUGAGUCGAAGGGUGACCGUUGUUAUAAUGCACAAGUUUAUUUAUACAUAGGAUUUUUCGCUUUUGGACCAGUGUACGGGCUGUUUGUGAACGUUAUAAAGAAUAUUUAAGUUUAAAGACAAUCUAUUAGAGUAUUAGCUAUUUCUUUUAUGAUAUAAAAUAUAUGUUAUAAUAUACAAAUGACAAUGCAUAGAGCAGAUAAAAUUUAUUGCGAAUUUAAUCUAAGAAUACAAUUGUUAUAAUUUUAAUGAUAGUGGGAUAAGUGUCAAUUUUUUUAAUUCAUCCAAAGAAAAUAGGUUUUUAUCAUACUUUUGUUUGUCAACACUGGUUUUGUGUUUUGGCUUAUCUUCCUUCAUUGAGAAUUUUGCAUUAUGAUGACCAUUGUGGUUCUGAUUGCUGAAUAUCUCAGCCUUUUUCACAACUGUUCUAUUUCUUUCUUUCUUGUGCCUACAAAAAAGAAACGCUGAUACAUGAUAACUAUGCAUGCCUGACAGUAGAUAAACACCGUGUCAAUACGAAAAAAAUCACCAAGUGGUAUAAGUUGAUGUGAUUUACGUAUUUGACACAUAUCAACCUAUUUAUUAUAUACAAUAGAUUUAAAGUAAGAUGAUUGCAAAUUUCUUUUAAAAUUGAACUAAACUACCAAGAUGUGUCAAUAAUAAUGUUUUUACUUGUAUAUUAAUAUUAACGAAAAAUAA